UAGAAUUCAAAAGAAAAACAGUUGUGAUUAAGCUUUGUAUGUACCAGUUUCUGUCCAAAGAAUUUGCUCAAGAGAAUGAUCUUUCUGAAUUACGAGAAUCGCCUUCAUGGGAUCGCGACAUUGUUCUAAUUCGUCUAUCGUUGAAUAUUUUUUUUAGCAUUUUGUUUACUUAAACAGUAAUUUUUUACAGUGAGUUCCGCUGGUAUUAACCAAAAUGAGUGAUCAACCGGCAUGGCAUUCUUUUCGACAAGACAUCAACAAUUCCAUUGAUAAAUUGUUCACAAAGUUGUAUGAACUAUGGGACGAAAUAGGAUUGAACGAGCAUACUCGUCAAGCCAAUUGCAAACAGGCUACAUCGCACUUUUUGGACCUGAUAAAAGACAUGAUAAAGGAAGUGGAGGAUAGAAAAGAAAACUUGUUGAACAGUAUAGCUAUGAUGCUUGAGUCAAUUGAUGUAUUGUGUACAGAGUUGAAAUGCAAGCAUGAAAUUGAAUCGUAUAACAGUUUACCUCUGAUGGAGGUUCAAUCAAAAUUAAAAACUCAAUUGGAAAGCUUGAAGAAAAAGAAAGAGCAGCGUCUUCAGUGUUUAAAAGAACUUCAAGAACAGGAACGUCAUAUUUGCAAAGCCCUGGGUGUGCAACCAAUUGGCAUAAGUGUUGGUGUACCGAGUUACGAGGAACUUGAAAACUUCAAGUUUUAUCUCGAAAAGCAACAAGAUGAAAAAAUCCGCCUCGAGCGCAUAUUCAAAGAUAUGCAGCAUUCAAUAAUUAACAUGAUGGAUGCAUUAGCAUACGUUCCGAACUCUGACUUUGAAAUUUUGGUAUGCACGAACGAGAAUAAUUUCGUUUAUUCAGCCCAAAACAUGGUCAAAUUGCGAGAAUUACGAGACUAUCUGAAAGAAAGUUUGAGCACUGCAAAAGAAAAAGCAGCUUCGAGACGAGAAGAAUUGAUUGCUCUCUGGAAAUAUCUCGAAGUGCCGGGAGACUCAUGCAAAAAUUUCCUUGAUAAAUAUUCAGGAUACAGCCUCAACGACCUUUUUGCCUUGGAAGAAGAAAUUAAGCUUUGCAAGCAAAAACGCAGUGAGAACAUAGCCAAAUACGUAAAAAAAGUUCGGGAGGAGUUGAAAAGUUUGUGGGACAAAUGCAAAUUUGGCGAGGAUCAGCGCAAGAGAUUCAAGCCGUAUUAUAUUGACUUGUACGACGAGGAUCUGCUCACGAUUCACGAUGCAGAAGUCGAAAGACUUCGGGAGUAUUACAACAAAAAUAAAAAACUCUUCGAACUAGUGAACGAAUGCGAGAAUUUGUGGGAGAAAGGAAAAGAGCUUGAUCAACGAGCCAACGAUCCAGAACGUCUGCACAACCGCGGAGGACAAUUAUUGAUCGAGGAAAAAGAACGUAAGCUCAUCCAAAAGAAAUUGCCUAAACUUGAGGAACAAAUAAAUAUACUAAUCGAACAUUACGAGGCUGAAAACGGAGAACCUUUCACCAUCAAUGGAAUGUCUUGUGAUCAAUUCUUCCGGCAAUCCAUCCAAGAUUAUGCCGAAAUGAAAGAAACUCUAAAAAAACAACGUCAAGCAAAAGCGAAGGACAAAUCAUUAAAAAAAACACCAGUUAUGAGUACUUCUCGACGUACACCAGCCACAACGACGAGUCUAUUAAGACCCGCUCACACAUCUGUUAAGAGAAGGGAUGACAAGUCACCUUUAGGAAAUUCAGCUAAACGUAAUCGCAUGGCUCAAAGCGACAAAACUCGCCCAACAGUUUGUACCUCGAAAGUACGAAGAAGUAAUCGGAUUCCUCGGAAGUUAAUAAAAACGUUAAACGCUUCGAAUCGAUCGACGACUAAACAGACAGAAUUGAUGAAUGACACACAAGCAACGAUUGGAAGCGUUGCGCAAUACGAGCAAUUUCAGCAACAUUUAGAACAGCGAGAAGAAUUAAGGAGUUCUCUCUUGCCGGAACAAGUUCUAAAGAAGGCUCGAGGAAGGCCGAAAAUGCGAACGCCAGUCAAAACACCGGUAAAACCAUUGAGGAAAAAUCUCUCUUCUGUAUCGACGACACCGAAACAAACACCAAGAUCUAGCCAUAUUCGUGAACCAUCGCGAAGUCCGAAGAUGACGACGACUCCGCGUCUCGCCGCAGCGCCGAGCAAAUUGCCUUUUUUCUUCUAGACAAUUUCUCACCUGUCGAUGUUGCAUUAACCUCCGUUUCGAGUUCUCUAUUCCACCGUAUUUUCUGUCAUCCACAUUCGAAUUCUAUAAACAUGUUUUUUCCAUUCAUCGAAGUGGGAACUGCUUCAAAGCGUUGCAAAUUUUACCAAUAACAUCUACACCAAGGAAAGCUAUUGAACAUUAAAAAAAGAAAUUUUUCGAAAUGAGCACUAUUAGACAAAUUAUUGGAGAAGUUGGUAUAUAGUUAUCCACAAGAAAGUAGGAAAAAUGAACAAUGGAACAAAAAGAAAACUGCGAUAUUUUUUUAGCCAUCCGAAUAAGGGAUGAGCUGUAGUGGGAACUAUCAUUCACAAAUGUCGCAGUGCGAAAAAGUUGUGUUUGACAAUUCCUCAGUACUGACAUCGAUGUCAGUUGAAUAAUUAAAAAAAGUUCUUUUCCUUUUUGGAAAAAAACGGAUUAAAAAAAAACUCGGAGAUAUAGUAUUUUUAUUAUUGAAUAUCGUCUUUUGUAUUAUUUUUAUAAAUGACUAAGCGUUACGAGAUUUACAUAGUUAUGGCCGAGGGAAAGGGAGGGGGAUGAGUUAGCCCUUAACUUGAAAUUAAAUAAGAAUUUUUUCACGAGAUCCACUUUUGUUUUUAUCCUAUGUGCACUUUGUAAAUAAAUAGUUGUGUUUGACAA